CAUUCUUUCUAGUACAUGGGAGUAGUUUAUGGGUGCAAGCAAAGGUUGUCUGAUUUUCUCUGCAAAUUUCUGUUUCUCAUUUCUUCAGCUCACAAAACGGAACCAACUAUUUUCAGCAAGUUUAUGCGCAGCUUAAGAGUAAUCACACUCUUUGCCAGUUUUGAGGCAAUCCCUUGAAAUAACAUGUAGCGAGAAACUCGAGAACAGUGAACGAGAUGGAAUAAUGUUAUUGUUAAAGGAGAGAGAGAGGAGAGAGAAGGGGAGAAAAAAGAUUGAAGCUUUUUGGUGUUAUGUUGAUUGAGAAAGAGAAAGGUGAAGCCUUUUUCCAUUUCAAUUUGCUCUCUCAAGCGCCAUUUUUGAGUAUUGAAAGGUCAAUUUCUUUAAGAGAAGAAUAUCAAGAGCGAAAAAGGGAAGAGAAACACUUGAUAGUCCAACCACUCAUGCUUUGAUCCGCGUGCUUUGAUGGGCAAAGGAAACUGACCCCUCUAAAAUCAUACUCUUUGUGUGUGUGUGUGUUUAUAUCUUUUUUAAUAAAAAAGAAAAUUCCCUUUUAGCUGUUGAUGGGUUGGUGGUGAUAGGGGGAGGGGGGCGAGGAAGCCCCACUUAGAUUUUUCACUGUUACUUUUUUGCAGUGUGUGUUUUGUUCCUUGGUUUUGGAUUUUUUAGAGCAUGCUUUGUUUGAUUGGCUCCUCUCAUACCACUAGAUUCUCUGAAUAUUUGUCUUGGCCUUAUUCCUCUGUUCCCUCCAAGACAAUAUUACUCCCUACUUGAAUUCUCUUUUAAUAUACAUGCAUUUUCUUCAACUACUUUAUUACUAGUUUAUAUUGCAAUUCUUUUCUUGAUGGGGUGAUUUCCAAUCUCUUUGUGAAGCUUGAUUCUUGGCUCCGUUGCUUGCUGCAAGAGAUGGAGCCUCUUGGCAUUGUUGUGAGAUUCAUGUAGAGAGAGAGUUUGUGUGUGUGUGUGUGUGUGUGUGUUUGCGUUGAGAGAGGGAGAGACAAAGGGAGAGAUGGUUUCUGUUGAAGAAAAGCUGAAGCCUGGAGGUUUGGUGAGUGGGGGAAGCAAUCUAAUUGAUGGCAUGAAACUGUUGAAAGAAAUGCAGGAUCACACUGGGGUAAAGAAAGCGAUAAAUUCUGAGCUGUGGCAUGCUUGUGCUGGUCCACUGGUCACCUUGCCUCAGGUGGGAAGCCUUGUAUACUACUUCCCACAAGGGCAUAGCGAGCAGGUUGCCGUUUCCACGAAUAGAUCAGCAACGACACAAAUACCGAACUAUCCGAAUCUCCCCACUCAGUUGUUGUGCCAAGUUCACAACGUUACACUCCAUGCAGACAAAGAAACCGAUGAGAUCUACGCCCAGAUGAGCCUGCAGUGUGUAAACACUGAAAAAGAUGUUUUCCCUAUACCUGAUUUUGGACUAAAACCUAGUAAACAUCCAACUGAGUUCUUCUGCAAAACUUUGACGGCCAGUGAUACAAGCACACAUGGCGGCUUUUCAGUUCCUCGGAGGGCUGCCGAAAAGCUCUUCCCACAAUUAGAUUACUCGAUGCAACCUCCAACUCAAGAACUAGUAGUCCGGGAUUUACAUGAUAACACCUGGACUUUUCGCCACAUAUACCGGGGGCAGCCAAAACGGCACCUUCUGACGACUGGCUGGAGUAUGUUUGUUGGAGCAAAGCGGCUUCGAGCAGGAGAUGCAGUUCUCUUUAUCAGAGACGAGAAAUCGCAGUUGUUGCUGGGAGUGAGGCGUGCCAACCGUCAGCAAACGACUCUGCCAUCUUCUGUUCUGUCUGCUGACAGCAUGCAUAUAGGAAUCCUUGCUGCUGCUGCUCACGCUGCUGCUAAUAGAAGCCCAUUUACAAUCUUCUACAAUCCGAGGGCAUGCCCUUCAGAAUUUGUCAUUCCGUUGGCUAAAUAUAGAAAAGCAGUUUAUGGCACGCAGCUCUCUAUUGGUAUGAGGUUCGGCAUUAUGUUUGAAACCGAAGAAUCCACUAAACGGAGAUACAUGGGCACGAUAAUAGGAAUAAGCGACAUAGAUCCAUUAAGAUGGCCUAACUCAAAGUGGCGUAGUCUUCAGGUCGAGUGGGACGAGCCUGGAUGCGGUGAUAAGCAGAAUCGUGUUAGCCCUUGGGAAAUCGAGACUCCUGAAAGCCUCUUCAUAUUUCCAUCUCUAACCGCGAACCUGAAACGCCCUUUCCACUCGGCUUUCAUAGGAGCACCACCCGAAUGGGAUUCUUUGAUGAAUCGGCCUUUCCUCAGGGUUCCCGACAAUCCACAUGGCGAGUUCCAAUGCCCCUCGAUAUCAAGCAUGUGGUCCGAGCAAUUAUUGAAGAUGCUUGCAAAGCCUCAUGGUAUGAUGAUGACUCCUCAUUCUAUGCAAGAGAUGAAAGAUGUUGCGUUACAAGAACCAAGGUCUCUAAUGCAACCGGCCAUCAAGCAGAAACCCGAGAUGAUGGUACCGCAGGAUGUUUGUCUGCAAAGUGAGACUCAUUCUCAGAGUUUCAUCGGCCAGCCAUAUAUAACUAAUCCGAGUAUCUCACCAGCAGGAAAACCUAACAUCUCCCGGAACCUAACGUCUCCGGCAGCUGGUCAUGAACUGUCGAAGUUAGACUCCGUUCCUGCUGAGAAUCAAUCAGGUCAGUGCCGGUCGGAGGGGCAGCUCAGCGAAGAGAAACUGUCGGGUAAGCCUGUGAAUCCACAAAGCUUGAACAAUGAUUUCGUGGUCACAAGCCAGAUUGGUGGCUCAGUGCCUUUCCAAACGAGCCCAUGUGGAACACAAUCGCGUCUGGAGACACAUAGUCCGGUCGAUCCAUCCCAAGUAGAGUCUGCCAAUGCCACCAAUGCCAUGCUUCAAUAUACCAACCAGGUUGAUUUUAGUCCGUAUCAUAUGAUGUGUCCGUCUCCUUCCGGAUCGUUCAGAAACACGGGAUCUCUGUCCAUGUUCAAGAAGCCCGAUCAGUCUCCCUUGUCGUCCGAAGUUGUUUACCCGAUGCUGCCUUCAGUUGGACAAGAGUUAUGGGAUGAUGGUCCCAAGUGUGCCGGCAAUCUCCCUGUCCUGCUGCCUCAUCACGACAUGUCGAACCUCGUCUUGAAAGACUUGUCGGAUGAGAACCACAACCAGAGUGACAUAUAUAGCUGCCUCAAUCUUGAUGGUAGUAACAGCGGGAGCACGGUGGUCGACCCUUGUGUUUCGAGUUCCAUCUUGGACGACUUCUCUGCCCUGAAGAACAUGGACUUCCCGAACCCUUCGGAUUAUAUGGUCGGGGGCUUCUGCUCGACCCAAGACGUCCAGUCCCAGAUCACGUCGGCCAGCUUAGCAGACUCUCAGACUUUCUCCAUACAGGAAUACGCUGACAACUCGGGUGGGGCGUCCUCGAGCAAUGUCGACUUCGAUGACAACAAUCUCCUGCAGCAGAGCUCCUUCCAGCAAGUUACUCCCAGAUUCCGGACUUACACAAAGAUUCAAAAGGCUGGAUCUGUUGGAAGGUCGAUUGAUGUGUCGAGCUUCAAAACGUACAAGCAACUGCGUUCGGAGAUUGAACGCAUGUUCGGGCUGGAGGGCCUGCUGAACGACCCCGGGUCCGGGUGGAAGCUCGUGUACGUGGACUUUGAGAGCGACGUGCUCCUCGUAGGGGAUGAUCCAUGGGAGGAAUUUGUUGGGUGCGUGAGAUGCAUAAGAAUUCUGUCGCCGUCGGAGGUGAAGCAGAUGGGGGAGGAAGGAAUGCAGCUGCUCAACUCUGCGAUGCAAGUGAGUUGCGGUAAGGAAUGAAUGAAGAUGAUGAAUGUUGUCUGUAAAUUGGGAUUCUUCUAACCUACGGCUAGACAACUCAAAAAGAGCACGUUUUUAGCUUUUCCAUUGUAUUUUUGUUCUAAUCUAUUAAACCAACUCUCUACCUAAAUUAUCUAUCAUAAAUCAA